AUGAUUGAGAAGGGCACUGUGGUAGAUGAACCUGAUGGUCCAACACCACAUUCACAGUUUGAGCAUUCUUCUAUACCCACAAACGUGAAGAAACUCCUCAACCUAAAGUAUAGCUUGUUCCAGAAAUCAGACGCCAAGGGAAACGAUUUCUCACCGACAAAGGUCGCAAUAAGGUACUCCGCCACAGACACUGAAGAAGAAGCUAAGAUAUCAAUAAGACCAUUCAUUUACCUAUAA